CUGUAAUCUGGGAGUUUCAUGAAAAUAAAUUUAUGAAGGAAUUUCCGAAACAGAGUUCACUGCAAAAGGAGGAAAAUGAUAAAGACUCAAAGUAAAUAUUAAUUAAUAUACAGCAAAAAAUAUCCAACUAUGUUAAAUAAACGUACUAUCCAAAAUGUCAACAAUGACCUGUCACUAGUGCUUUUAUGAUAAUCUUUCAUUGCUGUGUUAAAUGAAAUGUCAAAGUUUUAACCACGUACUAUUAUUAUUUUGUAUUAAAUAAGUAAUAAAAAAGAAAUGGUACGUGUUUCGGAUUUCUGCACAACGUGCCGUCUUUGUGCAAAAGCAUACAGUAUUGAAAAGCUAGUAAAGAUUUUUAGCAGUCGAGGGAAUUCUUUAAACCUCAAAAAUAGCAUUAAUAUGCACCUUCCUAUAAAGGUGACAGAAAAAGAUAAUCUGCCUUUAAAUAUCUGUAUCAUGUGCCUACGUCGAAUAAAUGCCACCAACGAAUUCUUUAAUACUAUUAUUUCGUCAGAUAAAUUAUUCAAUAAAAUCUUAAGAAAGAAACAGCGUAAGCAUUCAUCUUUAUCAGACACUCAUAAAGAUAUAGAGCAUGACAGAUCAAAGAAACAUACUGGAUCUCAUGAGCAAAAGGAAAGAAAUCCAUUUUCGAUGACAGUAGAAACAUCUGGUUCUAUGAAGGAAACUAACUCUGGAGUUAUCAUGAAAUCAGCAAACGUAGAUGCAGAGUAUCAGUAUAUUGAAUAUAGAAAAUGCAAUUCAAAUGAUAAUACUGACAAAAUUGGUAGAACUAUUGAAAAUAACAAAUUAUUGAGUGAUAUACAUGGCAAAUUGACAAAGAAUGCAGUAGAUUCUUCAGUGAAAGAUGGUAUAACGAAAAUUGAUGAUUUGUCAGUAUUUGCCAUAGAGUCAAAGAUAAAUGAUAAUUCUUUAUGUAUAGAAAAUGAGAAUGUACAUGAUACUGAACACAGAAGUACACCAAUAUCUGACAGUCAGCAUAUUAUACAAAAUGAGAACUUAGACAGCUCUGGGAAUGAAUUAACAAUGGUUCCUAAGACGAGUGCUGUUUUAAUUUCUAUGAAGAACAAUGUCGCAACUUGUAAUGGACAUUGGCAAUCGUUGUCAAAUGAUAUAUUACAAAACAAAGAUUAUCGAUGCAAUGUAAUAAGUAAAAAUGAAUCUGUAAUUGUAUCAACAGAAGAUGCCACUACUGUAGUACAUAAUUCAGUCAACAACCAGAUUGUAUAUAAUGACGUUGGAAAACAACAGCCACUAAUAUGCACUGAUACAAAGCAAAAUGAGUAUAUCGUUGGAAAUAUCAAUAUCUUGAGCAAUGAUAAUAGCAGCGUAAUGCUGAAAGGAAGUAGUAAUGUAGUAAUAGGCGUCGCAAACAAUGUAAUUGCGAAAAAUUCAGCAAAAAUACCCUUAGAAGUUCUGCGAUGUCCUGAUUGCGAAGAAAGUGUCAAGAUUUUCUCAUUGGAGGAACGGCGGCAGUUUUUUGCUUACUUAAAACAACAUUCGUGCAAUAAAAUGAACAAUCAAGAAAACUCGACAAGUACAUGUAAGAGCAACCAGGUUUUUGAAUCCUUCUCCGAGUACAAGGAAAGAUAUCAGACGAAAAAAAGAAAAAGGAAGGAAAACCAAGAAGUAGGAGAUUUAGGAAAAUCAUCAUCGAGGUCAUGGCCGGACGGUGAUCUUCCUGCUGAUCCUGGACCAGAUCCUGCACCGCAAGAGGACAUCUUUGAAGACGACGUUAGAUUGGAUGAUGACUUUCAUUGGCCAAUGCCAAAACGAAAUCGUCGAUUGCAUCGAUGCCCUUCUUGUGAUUUUAUCACAAAAAGUGCAGUUAGAUUGAAAUCUCAUCAAAAACUACAUCGAAUGGAUAAGAGACAAAAUAUUUACUACACAGGCUGUCGACAUUGUUAUAAACAAUUUGAAACAAGUGUUGAAGCAAGAAAGCAUGAAAGACUAGUACAUAUUUCCAAUGGUGCAAAAAAUAGUUUGUGCGAAUACUGUGGACUUAUGAAACCACAGAAGACAUUACGAGAUCAUAUCUUGAAGCAGCAUACAGUGGAGUCCGAAAUAGAGAUGCAAGGGUGUAACGUCUGUGGAAAAAUGUUUAUCUCACCAACGAGCUUAUAUUUGCAUAAGAAAACACAUUCUAUAGAGAGGCAACAUUUGUGUGAUCUGUGUGGCAAGGCAUUCAAACAACGUAUGGCUAUGCGUCGUCAUUACAUGCUGCACUUUCCACGCACACCGCCUAAAUUCACUUGUAACGUAUGCGACAAAAGAGUAACUACAAGAGGAUCCCUACGUCUGCACAUGAUGCGACACACUGGUGAAAAGCCUCAAAAAUGUCCAGAGUGUCACAUGGUUAUGCGUCAUGGCCUAAAACAUCACAUGCGUUUGCAUUCCGAUGAUGCACCCUUUAAAUGCGUUGUGUGCGGUGCUGAUUUCAAGCGAAGAGAUUAUAUACGACGUCAUAUGCGAAAGCAUCUAAACGAUACACAGAGCCAGCAAUUGUACUGCUCCACUUGCAACUAUGGAUUCGAUGAUAUUAAAUCUUUCUUAAUACAUCAUCGAGAUGUGCAUAACAAUGAAAUCUUUACUCAGAUAAAAACUUACGAGUGCAAAAAUUGCACCGCGCAAUUUAUAGACUCUUCCCGCUAUAGGGAUCACGAGGAAAUUUGUCGGAGUUUGCAGGAAAACACACGAGAUAAAUUCUAUUCUGACAUUGAACAAACUUACAUCCCCAAUAGUUAUUCCAAAGGAGUUGGGGACUUGGAAAAGUCUUGCGGAAGAAUUAUAAUCGGUUCUUGCAAUGACAGUACCUGCAACUGCAUGGAUAAUACAUGCGUGAACUAUGCUAAUCGAAAUUGCAUAAGUUCUGUAUGCACUAGCGAUAAUAAUGUGACAGACUCAUGCACGAUUCCUAUAAGUUCAUGUAGUAGCAGUGCAUCUCUAGACGCAAACCUCCUAAACAGAAAUUGUACAAAUUUAAUAUAUUCUGGUACUAAUAAUGUGCCUAACACUCGUAUGUAUUCACCUACCAAAAUUGUGGAUCACGCAAAAAAAUCGGGUCCUCGUGUGAUUCUUAAUCAGAAACUUACUAGUAACUAUGACUCUAGAUUUUAUCAAAAUCGAAUUAAGUCUAGUCAAGAAUUUCGUAGGUUGAAGAAAAUUGAGGAGUCUGUUUUACUAAAUAAUGAGCCUACGGCGAUGGUCCUUUCGGAGGAGGUCACGCAUUUAGAUCCUGCAUCGGAGUACGCUUAUCUGAACAUGGACAAACAAAAUAUUCGUGACAAGAAUGUACUAUUGGAAGUAGAAGAGGAUAUGAUUCCAAAUACUACUGUUCAUGAAUAUGAAAAUCAUAUAGAACAUUUUUCAAGUAAUACAUCAUCGGAUCAACUUCAGGCUCAGCUCUGUCUGCCAUCAUCCAGUAGUAACAAUAUCUACGUAAGAGAGCCCAUAUCUUGGAAACAGUUGUAAAUAUGAAUAUGUGACACAGAAAUGAACCAUUCAAUAGCUAACAAGUUAGGAAUCUGUUUUCAACUCUUCUAGCAUCCUCUGGGAGUAUACUUGUAGAUAAAAAAAGACCACCAUACGUGGUGGGAAUUGUAUGCGCGGGUUCUGGAUUUAGCGCAGACUCGGUCACGAGCAGGAUGGUCAAACGAUCGAAAGGGCUCCUUAGUCUAGCGCCGACUCGGCUCGAAGUUGCGUAGUUUAACAGCACACACUGUAUAAAAUAGACGCACGUUUGUAUUAAAUACGUAGAGUAAAUUUGAAAAACCACCACAUCACACCUCACAAAAUGCAGCGUCACCAAAUCGACUGGAGAAAAAUUAUAUUCAUAUAUAUUUUUCUAUUAUUUUCAUAUACAGGCGCGACUCAUCCAGUUCGCGUGCAGUUCAUUGCGCCGCAUUACGUUGUCUUCAAUGAUACAGCAACAAUGUAUUGUAAUCACACGGUACCGGAAAGCGAUCUUCACAAGAUCGAGUUUGUCAAGGAUGGCAGUAAGAUACUGGAAUACGUAAAGGGUCGAACACCACCUAUAAAGACAUGGCCACGUACCGUUAAAGAGGGUAUUCUGAAGUGCCGCAGACAUCCGCUCCUUUGAUAACAUUCACUAAGACCUUCUACGUCGUCGGCGACUAUCUAGAGGCAAACUGUACAUCUUCUCCAGCGCGACCACUUCCUCACUUGACGUGGUUGAUUAAUGGCAAUGACGUGGAUGUUACUAAGGUCACCCAAUACUCAUUUACAACCGAUGACGGUAUGAUGUUCGCUAUUGUUAAUCUAAAGAUAGAAGUGUCGAACCUUCAUAUAG